CGGUGGUUUUGCAAGAGAACUGAGUCCGAGCGGGGAGACCCGGCGGGAUUCUGUUGUUGGAGAAGCAAAUACGAAUAGCCGGGCGAGGAAGUCUUCAAAUUAAGGGACGCAACUGACCACAGAGCCGGUCAGUAUGACACGCGUAUCGCAUGGGGCAUGCAACUUCAGUGACAGCCCUAGAAGGUGAAGGUUUCCUCCGUCCUCGGAGGAAAUGUUCAAGUGCAGCACUGGAACAACUGAACCUCUCAAAUUUGAACCGGUUAAUAACCAUCCACCGGGCAUUGGAGCCUGAAUGAACAUGCACCAUAGGACUACUCUAGAAAUUCAGCCGGGACCGCCGUGCAACAGCAAUCCAGUGAGCCAAAGGAGAGCCUGCCCCUGACUCCCUCCCCUCCCAACUCCCAUAACCCUUCACCACCAUGACCACUGAACUAGGGAGCAGCCUGACCUCCAUGGACUGGCUUCCCCAGCUCACCAUGCGGGCGGCCAUCCAGAAGUCCGACUCAGGGCACCACCCCCACGGGCAUCAUGGCCACGGGCCGGGCAAGAAGAGCUCCCUGCUGGACCCGGGCACAACACUGGACCAGGAGGAGGUGGCCCAGCACCGGGACGGCAAGCCACCCUACAGCUACGCCAGCCUCAUCACCUUUGCCAUUAACGGCUCGCCACACAAGAGGAUGACCCUCAGCGAGAUCUACCAAUGGAUCUGUGACAACUUCCCCUACUACUGGGAGGCAGGCAGCGGCUGGAAGAACUCAAUACGGCAUAAUCUGUCCCUGAACAAGUGUUUUCUCAAAGUGCCUCGCUCUAAAGAUGACCCUGGAAAAGGUUCCUACUGGGCUAUAGACACCAACCGUAAAGAGGACACACUUCCCACCAGGCCAAAGAAGAGGCCACACUCUGGAGAAAGGGCGUACAGCCUAGAAUCGGAGACCCUGCGAAUGGACUGUAUAAUGUACGGAGAUGCCUCUCCCACUCUGGCAAUCAACACAGUAACUAACAAGGUAGCGUUGUACAAGACAGAGAAUAAGGGCAGCGAUAGCCCCCGGAGCAGCCUCAACAACAGCCUCUCAAACCAGAGCCUUGCCUCCGUCAACCUCAACAGCGUGCACCGCUACACACCGGUCAGUAGUCACUUGGAGCCCUCCCAGUCUCUGAGUCUACAGCAGCCUCCUCCCCCUCCCUCUCCUCCUCCCCAACCCCAGUACAGUGUGGCCGAGCAAGACAAGCAGCUCCUCUUCUCUGAUUUCGAGGACCUCAGUGUCUCGUUCCAAAACCUCUAUAAGUCUGUCUUUCAGCAGUCCUUCAACCAGCAAGGUAUCACGGGUAUGCCCAGUGAAUUGAGCCAGCAGCCACGGACAUCGUGCUCCUAUCAGCACUCCCCCUGUGUGGGCAGCAGUGGCAGUGCCCACAGCCACCAACACAACCAUGGUCACGUUCAUAACCACCCCCACCACCACCCGCCUCUCUCGCAGCACCUCUCUCCCCACGUGACGCACGACCAACAUCAACCUCAUCCGAACACUCAACAUGGGCAGCACCCUCAACACAGCCAGCACCCCAACAGUGGGCAGCAGUCCCAGCACCAUACUGGCCAGCGAUCAGAGAUGACCUGCACUAACACUUGUCUGUCCGCCAACUGGUACCCCAACCUGGACUGGCUGAAGGAGAGCUGUCGCAUUGCCAGCAGCUACAAUUGGGCUGACGUGGACCUCUCUCCAUUCCAAGGACUGAAGGAGAGCAUGAGGCAGGCGGAGCUGAACAACUGGUCCCUGGACCUGGCCCAGAUGGCAGACCUAUGCUCCUCCAUCAACCAGUUCUUCACACACACCGGGAUCAUCCCACCACAGGGGCCACCCCUGCCCACCUGCCACAGCCCCAUGGACACCAGCAAGCCCAGCCAGCACAUCAACACGGGUAAUCUGUACAUGGACUCCAGACAGAACAUGUCUUCAAUGAUGGGACCCCCGGGUUACCCCCACAUGUCCCCCAUGAGCAAUGCAGGCUCCACGGUGACAGGGCACCAUGACCAGAUGAACCAGCAGCACAUGAUGCCGCCCGGGCACUACCAGAUGAGGAGGCUGCCCACCAACGACAUCCAGGACGACUUUGACUGGGACGCCAUCGUUUAGAAUCACCCUGAAGAGAGGAAGAAAAGGAGGGAUAGAGAGAGGGUGUGAGAAGAGUGGAAACGACCACCUGCCCUGAAAAAAGAGACAUUCCAGAAGAGGAAUAUCAAUCCCAUGAUCUUGGUCUUUUUAUACGAGAGUGACUUUGAAGACAAUCAUACACAGAGGGAGAGACUAGUCAACGUUUGCCAGUAGACAAGUUGGAUGGUCACAUUUGAGGAGAAAAAAAAAACACUUUUGGAAUGGUUUGCAUUGUCUCGUCUGUGUUCUGAGUGCCAACAGUUUUACAAGUGUCGGUGAAGUAUAUAUUUUUUUAUUCAUGCUUCUAUUCUCGUUUCUUUCAACUGAAGACUGAAAGUGGACGUCCGCCUGCCACUAAGCUGAAAGGAAUGGGCGUGGAUGAAAAAGAUAGUGCUAUUUAUACAUAUGAACAAGACUCAAAGUGAUACAUUUUUGUUCCAUCACUACAAAAACAUCUGGCAUCUUGCCAGUUAGUCCGGACAGUAUUGCAACUCCUUGUCCCUCAAUGUAGCACCCCUCACCUAUCUGACAGCAGUGAUCCAUGGACGGAUACUUUCGCCACUUCCAAGAAAUAAAGUUAGUUCGAAAUUUGAGGGAAGACCAGAUAAGGAUGCUCAUUCUAACAAGUGUCUGAUCUCUUUGACUGACUCAAACAAUGCCAACUGUAUGGAAUUGAGCACCAUCUUGUGGUUGCAGGCUUAUAUUGCAGAGGGAAUUGACUAUUUGGUCAGAGGAGAAAUCGCAUUACACCAGACCUCGGUUCAAAUGCUUUUUGAAAUCAUUCAAAUUCUUUGAGCAUUUGUUUCAGUCCACCUUGAGUGCCAGAUGGGCGGGGCUUGCACUUUAAGCACGGUUCCAUUGCAAAAGGCAUGCUCAAUGAAGCACAGCUGAAGUUUUAUAUAGAAUUUGAACCCAGGUCUGAAUUGCACCCUUACAUAGACAUUAAGGAUUUUAAAUAAAAAAAAUUACUUGCUUUAACUUUCAAUGGUUUGAAGAACAAAAAUCUUCCGGUGUAGCAGUUAUUUUGUGCUUUGUAUGUCACCACUUAACGCUGUGCUCAUAAAAGAAAUGGUGACGCUGGGCCAAUGCUAUGUACGUAUCGCCUGUCAAUCCCUUACUGGUGGUGUUAUGGUGUCUACAGUUUUAUCUAUCUCUUCUGUGCCUGUGUGAGAGUGUGCAAGUAUGUGUUAGCGUUCAUCAGGACUGUCCCGUUAGUAACUCCAUGGUACGAAGCCCUCAGGGUCCCUGUUUCCUCUUUUAUUUCAGAAUAAUGCAUAACCCCUAUUUCCUUUUUUAGCAUUACCAAAAGGUCAAAUGGGUAUGUGUGUAGUUUAAUGUACCUGUUGGCAGGUGUUUCGACCACUUUGGUACACCCAAUGUACUACGUUAUAAGUUAAUUAAGUGAAAUGUGGAUUUAGGACUUACAGUAUAUAGUAGACUCGUGUGUCUGGUGAACGAGACUACUAUAACGUGACUUUAGUCAAGGAUUAUAUUAAUUUGGCCUGACACUAAAUAACAUGAAGUCCUCUUGUUCAAAAUGAUCACAUGGUUACAGAUUGGCUACAUUCCAAUUCUCCCAAAGUGUGCAAUCGUAUCCUUGCAUUGCCCCUCAUAGAUUUAAAAGGAAUUAACUUGCACCAAUCCAGUUAUUUGAAAUGUGUAGGGGAUGGGGGGUGAAUGAGUGUACACUUUUGGAGAAGGGUAAAGAAUCGGAAUGGACGGGGACACCGAUGAUUCCAAGGUGCCUAGUCAUAGGAUGGGAGAGGGUAAGCUGUUUUUGCACAAUGCUGGAUACGGUAGCAUCAAGUAGAGAAAAUGGUUGGACUGAUAGGCCUAACCUCUCCCCUAUCUUCUGGGGAAAAAAAUCAUAAGAGCUCAGUGAGGGAAAGAGUGUGGUGGACAAUGCAGUAGAAACAAUAAAUAAACAGACAAAAUUAUCAAA